UUUAAAUUUACUUUUUCUGCUGAGGCAUGAUUGUUGCAGUGGUGAAGCAACGUGAUAUCUUAAUUUUUUUGUUUAACCUAUUGGGAAUGUGGCAGUUUUGAUCGAAGGAAAUGUCGUAGAACUAAUUUACCAGAACUUUCUUUGACUUCUUGGUGUGAAGAAUUGAGGCAUGGGAAGGCACACAUUCCUCGUGCAUCCCAAGUCCGGGGACUAUCUAAGCUGGCGGCUUAUUCGAUAUCUUUCAUGGAUGGUAAACGUGCUCGUAUCAUGAAGGAUGAUCAUAUCUGGGAGUUUCAUUUUAACAAGGCUGGUCCAGAGUUUUGGCGGAAUCUUGAUCCAUAUUGGAAGGGGACUGGUCCUCUGAUGCGCCGCUACUUCCACCCAGAUGGAAGCCAAACAGCAGGUGCUGAUGGCAAGGCGUGGGGUGGACAAGAAUGUUGUUAUUCUAUUGUAACUAGCAUCGUAGGUGACGGAAAGAUCAGGGAGCAUUAUGUUAGGAUAAACAGAUGGCCCAACUCUUCAUUUCAAGAAAUCAGGACUGGAUAA